UGAAGUUCAGUCUUCUUUUUAUUCGUUUCUCCAUUUUUUUUUUUAAUUUGUUGUUUCGCUUAUCGAGCAGGCAAAACGUUAUUUGUUUGUUCUUCCUCAUUGCCCUACAAUAAUGAAGCAACCCGCUCUGGUGCUUCUGGCGCUGGUCGCCUGCAUGGUGCAGAUGCACACUGCGCAAACUCAAGCCACGAAAGUCGACGACGCCCUCGCGGCCAUCAACGGCAUGUCUGACAAGGCAACCCUGAUUCUCGCGCUGACGAACGGCGUCGCGAUCGACUACACCCCGUCCAACUCCAACCAGCUCGUCCAGUUCAACCGCAUCGAAAAGAUCACCCCGGUUUUGAUCGGCCAGACCUAUCUUAUGGCCGGCGUUGGUUUGGAUGCAACCACAAACACCCGCGUUGGUGUCUUUGGCUUUGAUCCUUGGAUCUCGUCUGCGCCGGUUGAAGUCAAGAACACCACCAGCCGUGUCAUCGCGUGGCUUCUCACCAACAGCGCGGACUAUGCAGCAGCGAGGGCCGCCAGUCGUACAGUGACCGUGUCUUUCAUCUCCAAUAGCUGGGUCAACACAUUCAAGUCGUUCUUCCCCAAUUGGACGGUCAACGUGUGCAACCUGCAGUCGAAUCUGACGGCAUGUCUCGCAACGGGUGAGCUCCACAUCAUGUCUGGCAGUGGAACACCCACCGUGGACGUCAAGUCUUUCUUCCGCGCUCGCAUUAAUGCUGGCUUCCCAUGCUUGUACUAUCCCGAUCAUUAAAUUUCGACCCCCCC